AUGUUGUUUUAUUGCACCAUUCACUCUCCUCCAAAUCUACUAUAUUUCUGCUCCAAACACAAUGGAGAGGAAGUUGUCUAGUGCACAGUGCGACGCAGAUUGAACCGAAAUGAAAAGAUGGCGUCGUCGGUUUUAAGCAUAACCAGAAAGAGUUGCAUAAGAAGAACACUGCACCAUGUCUUUUUCUUCCGCAAUUUCUCCAAUUCAACUUCAACUUCAAAUCCUCUUCUCCUCAAAUUGCUUCACCUCCCUAAUUCCCACAUCAAAACCACGCUGGAUCACGAAUUUCCAUCCCUUCCCACCUCACUACUUUCUUGGGAAUGUCUCAUUACCUCUCUAUCCCCUUCUUCUUCUCUAAAACCUCGCAUGGUUUUGGAAUGGAUUUUAGAGAAAUUGCUAAAAGAAAAUGUAAAAGACCACAGUCUCUUCUCUGAGCUCAUCUUUCUAUGUGGAAAGCUGAAGAAUGUGCCACUAGGAAUGCAGGUUUUCACUUCUAUGGAGGCUAUUGGAGUUAAACCAACAUCACUGGUUUUCAAUUCACUUAUAAAUGCAUGUUUGUCUUCCCAUGACAUUGCUACAGCAUAUAGCUUAUUUGAGAUCAUGGAGAAUUCAGAGAGCUAUAAACCUGAUUUUCACACUUACAAUAACUUCAUUUCAGCAUUUUCCAAGUCAGGGAAUGUCGAUGCCAUGUUAGCUUGGUACUCAGCUAAGAAGGCUGCUGGACUUGGUUCUGAUCUUCAAAUGUUCGAAUUUGUUAUACUGGGCUGUGUUAAUUCGAAAAACUUUGAGAUUGCUGAUAGAGUUUUUGAAGAAAUGAAGGUUUCUGAAAUUGUACCUAAUGUAACCAUACUGGAAAGUAUGCUCAAAGGGAUUUGCAAGCAAAAGAGCUUGUGUCGGGCUGAAAAGUUUUUUAAGUUUGCGCUUGAUAACGAAUGGCAAAUCAGCGAAACCAUGGCUGAGAUGUUAGUAGCAUUGUAUCAUGAACAAGGGCAAGUGGAAAAGAUGGAGGAGCUACUCGAAACUAUGACAAAGUAUCCAAUUGAUUCCAGCGUCCUCGCACGUAUGCAUUGUGCGAUUGUAAGGAUGUAUGCCGAGUUAGAUAGAUUUGAUGAAGUAGAGCUAUCUGUGGAUCGGAUGCUGAAACAAGGAGUGCCAUUCACAAGUACAGAUGAUAUUGAAAAGGUUAUCUGUUCAUACUUUAGGAGGGAAGCUUAUGAUAGGUUAGACAUAUUCUUGGAAUGUAUAAAGAAAUGCUAUGUACUUCCGAGAUCGACUUAUGAUUUGUUGAUGUCUGGAUAUAGAAGAGCAAACUUGCAUCAAAAAGUUGAUUCAAUUUUGGCAGAGAUGAAAUCAGUGGGAUUAGCAUAACAGCUUAUGUGAUGAUAUAACAGCUGAAAUCCAUUCAACUGCUUAACUUCUACACCAGGCUGCAAUCUAGUGUUGUUAGCAGUUAAUGAGUUUACAGUCAAAUGAAUGUUAAAAGGCAUGUCAUUUGGCCACUUCUUUGUCUCUCUAUCAAGCUAACAAUGAGAUUGAGGAAAGGUUAAUUUGUUAAAUUAAGUUUUCUGUAUAGUUGAUAACUUGAUACAGUCCAGGCAAUUUUCCCAUGUGACUGAAUUCAGGACGAUGGUAGAGACAUUUUUAUGGCACAACUGAAAUUGCGAUAGAACCUUAAUCCAUAUUUGUUGUAUUUUUUUAUAGGCGAACGUUCCUAAGUUAGAUUAUGUUAGUUUUCAGGAUUGAACUUGGGUCCUCCUACUUAGAUCUCAUUCAAUGUUCUUUAACUCAUCAACUGAGCUGAGCUACCUCCGCUGAACUUCAUAUUUGUUGUAUAACUUAACCAUGUAGCUAGAUGUUAGAUAUUC